AUGGCCGGCGCCAGCACGCCAGUGAUCCUGACGUACCUGCUGCAGUACAGCUUUGGAUUUUUCAAUUUGCUUGUCUUGGGCCACAUCGGCGCCGACGAGCUGGCGGCGGCGGCUCUGGGCAACAUGACGCUGGUGGUGGUCAUGUACUCGCCGGCCAUCGGGCUGGCGUCAGCGCUAGACACAUACUGCUCGACAGCAUUCACGGCGGCGCGCAACAAAAAACUGGUGGGGUUCCAUCUGCAGCGCGGGCUCAUUGCUAUGUGCGUCCAGUUUCUGACUGUUGCGCCGGCGCUGUGGCACUUAGAACGCGUGCUUGUCUGGCUCAAGCAGGACGCCGUUGUGUCAGCGCUGUGCGGCCAGUACGUGCGCGCGAUGCUGCUUGGUGCGCCCGCGUGGAUGUGCUUCGAGUGCAUCAAGCGCUUCCUCCAGGCGCAGGGCAUUAUGCAUGUUAGCACAUGUAUCUUGCUGGCAUGCCUGCCGGUGCAUCUCGCCGCCAGCCUCAUGCUGGUAUGGUCGCCGAUGGUUGGACAAGGAUUUCUCGGCGCAGCGUACGCCAACGCGCUGACUAACCUUCUGAUGCUCUGCGGGAUUGUCGCAUAUGUCCAGCGCAGCGAUGUGCGUGGCGUGUGGGGCGGGUGGACCGUGCGCGCGCUGUACACCAUGCCGCAGUACUUCAAGCUCGCGGUGCCGUCGAUGAUCAUGGUGUGCUCGGAGUGGUGGAUCCUGGAUCUGCUGGUGCUGGCCGCCAGCUACCUGGGUAGUACUACGCUGGCAGCGCAGAGCAUCAUUGUCAACACGUGCUCGCUGACCUAUCAGGUGCCCGAUGGGCUGAGCAUCGCCGUGUGCACCCGCGUCGGCAACCUGAUUGGUCAGGCGCGCUCGCGCCGCGCCAAGCUGUCGGCGUGGCUGGGCAUUGUUGCUAGCUUUGCUGUGGGCCUGGCCACCCUGGUGGUAUGCCUGGCCAUUGGCUCGUGGUGGGGCCGCGUGUACUCGGAUGACCGCGCGAUUGUCGGCGUUGUAGCCCAAAUCAUGCCUGCGUGCGCACUGUUCCAGAUGAUCGAUGCCGUCAACAGCGUAGGGUCGGGCGUGCUCCGCAGUUUGGGCCGUCAGGACUCGGGCGCGCUAAUCAAUUUUCCGGCCUAUUACUUGGUUGGCUUUCCGCUUGGGAUUUAUUUGACGUACGGGGCGCCGCGUGUUGGUGUUCUGGGACUGUGGUACGGCAUAUGCGUCGGUGUCGCGCUGGCUCUGGCUAUCUGCAUGCGCACCCGCUGGGACGACGAGGUAGGCCGAUGCAUGGCGCGUGUGCUGAAGGACCAAACCUCGCUGACCGGUCGGCUUGAUAUUGAUGUAGGCGACGACGACGAUGAUGAUGACAGAAACUUACUUGUAGUGUGA